AAUAUUACUUUUUAAUUUAUUAACAUAGAUAUUAUUUCUUUGAAACAACAUUCUAGUUUCUUAUUAUCAAAAUAAAUUUUUGGCGAACUUAUUAACUUGAUUUUAAAGUGCUUCAGUCAAAAUCUUUAUAAAAUGAUUACAAAGUUAAGCGAAAAUGCUAUUCAAAAUCUACUAGAAAAAAAGGAAGAUACUUCUAUUAUUUAGUUGUUAUCAGAACCAAAAUAAUUUUUAAACCAAGAAAGCUUAAUGCAGAUCGAAAUAUCUGAUGGCUAUUUUUAUUACAAAAAAGUAUUUAUAAUAGGUAACGCUAUUCCUAAACAUAAUAAAUUAAAAAAGUUUAUGAUACUUAAGGUUAAUUUAAACAAAUAAUAGUAAAAGUAAGAUAUGAUUAUAAUUGAUGAUUUCUCAAUCAUUUACUAAAAUUUAGAUAUGCUAAUAGGAGCUCCAAUUAAUUUUAAAAAAUUUUAAGAAGGAAUACAAAAUCCUAAGGGUAGCAGAGUAAUUCCUAUACAAUAUCUAAAAUGCGAUACUUAAAAAGCAGAAUAAGUCAAAUUAUUAAAUCCUAAAACUCUUUUCUCAGAAUCUGAUAGCAGCUAAGAAAAGUAGGAUUAAUUAUAGAAUAAAAUAGAGAAUGAUUAAAAUCAAUAUUAAUAAAAUGGAGAUAAAUUGUAAAAUAUAAUUUCAUAACAGAAAAGCUAAGAUUCUUAAAGUAAAUUUAAUUACCUUGGAGAGGAUCAAGAUUUUUAGUUUAGCUUUGACGCUUUUAUAAAUAAAGCUAAAUUCUUCAAAUAAACAAAAUAAAUUUCAUAUAACAAAUCUAGUUUAUCAAAUACUAUCAAUUAACAUAAUAAUGAUAAACCAUUAGAAAAAGAGUCAAGUUUGAUAAAAAAUUAAGGGCUCUCCUUUAACCAUAAAAAAAAUAUAGAUUUAUUAAAUUCAGAUAAAGUUUAAAGCAGUUAAUAAAAAGUUGAAAAUAUCUAGUUGAGCGCUUAAAGUGAUUCUAAAAAUUAAUAAAAAUAAGUUAUUGUUUAAAGUAAUUAAGAUUAGUGUUUAAAAAAUGAUGACACACCCUAAUAAAAUAGUAAUUCAUUAAUAAAAUAAUAAAACAAUUAUUCAUUGAUAAAAGAAUAAAAUAAUAAUAAUUUAGUAAAAGAAUAAAAUAAUAAUAACUUAUUAAAAGAAUAAAAAAAUAUUAACGAAAUAUCCAUUUAAAAAUAACAAGACAUACCAUCUAAGAUGUAGCCAGUUUCUAAAGAAAUUAAUAAUAUUAUUUAAAAAAAUCAAGAUAAUGGAAUAAAUGGCUCAAAAUAGAUUUAAGAUUAAGAUAAUACUAUUAAUUCUCAAUAAUAAAAUAAAUAGUUGAAAUAAAAUACAAACGAGUAGUCAUAAGAACCAACUAAAUAAAAUAUUUCAGCUUUUACUAAUUUAAAAAUGAAAUUGUAACAAAUUUAACAAAAAAAUAAAGUAAACAAAGAAGAUAUCCCUAUUGAAUAAUAUUUGAGCAACUCAUAAAAUUAGAAGGUAAAAGACGAUUAAUAUUUUUGUAUGAAUUCUACACAAAAUUAUUAAUCAGCUCAAAUAUUAAAAGAUUAAGUAUAAUUAUCUGGUGAGAAGUACAAUCGUGUAGAGUAAAAAUCUGAAUAAAUAAGAAAACUAUUCAUCAGUAAAACUUCCAAUAAGCUUUUAAAAAAAUUUAAAUCACCUUCACCUUAGAAGAAUGAUUAGGGUAAUGAGAAAUAAUAAAAUUGCAAUAUGGGAUAAUUUGAUAUAAAAAAAUCUAUUCCUAUAAAGAAGUAAUAAAAAUCUAAUUAAUCAGAAUAAUCUAAUAUGGCUGUAGAAAGUAGCAAUGAAGAUGAGGCAAUAAAGAACACAAAAAAUAACCAAUUCAUAGAUUCUAUAUAAUUUUCUUAACUCUAAACUAACCAAAAAUCAAUAAAUUAAGAUAAUUAAUAAAUAAUUCCCAAUUAAGUGUAAAAUAAAAUUUCAAAUGAUUUAAAAAAGAGCGAAUAAAACAAAUCAAACAUUUCAAAUGUAGCAAAUAAUUAAAGCAAUGAAUUGAUUAAAGAAAAAAAUUAGUUUAAGAAAUCAGCUGAAAAAGAAUAAACAAUUGAAAAUUAGCAAAUCUGUAAAAUAAAUUAGAUUUCUAAUCUUUAAAACUAAAAAAAUUUAGAGCUCAAUAAUUUACAAAAAUCAUUAUUUAAUCAAUUUACACCAAUUUAAAUACAAAAAUAAUCAACAAAUUUUAUUGGUAAUGAUGCAGAUUUUCUCUUUAGCUAAAGUUCAGGUUGCUAAUCUCAAGAAUUUACAGGCUUUAUUAAAGCUUCAGAUAUUUAUUAAGUAUCAGAAGAAAAUUAAAAUAAGUUACAAUCGUCUCAAGAAAUUGUAAAAAAAUAGCUUAGUUCAGAAUUUUCAAGAAAUAUUUCUGAUAAAAACGAUAAAAAAGAGGACAAAGACUCUCAACAAAGUAAAAAAACAAGCAAAAUAUUGGAAAAAGAAUAAAAUAAAAUAGAACGAGAUUGGAAAUACUUGAUCGAAGCUAUUGAAGAUGACUCUUAAAGCGAAGAUGAAGUAACUAAUUAAUAUUAGGAGAAUUAACCUUUAAAAUAAAAACAAAUUUUAGAAAAUACUCCUUAGAAAUAAUAGGAAGAAUCGUCCACUAACAUAGUUACAUAAAAUAUUAAUAAAAACUAUUCAGAUAACUUAAUCCAAAAUUUAUAUUAAACUAGUGAAUAGAAAGAAAAUAUUUAAAAUGAAAAUAAAUAAGAUAUUAUUAAUUAAUAAAAUGAUCCCUCUAAUAAGAACAAUAACUAAAUUCGCAAUGAAUAAAUUUCACUUGAAGAGAAUUAGUAUUUGGUUGGCUAAUAAACCUAAAUAGAAAUUAAAAGCUAGGAUAAAAUAUAAAAUAAUUAGGAUUCAAAUAAUUAACCACAAGAAGAAGUGCAAUAGUCUUAAUAUGAAGAAGUAAAUUAAUAGAAUAAUUCUUAUUAAGAAAAAUAAGAUUAAGAACAUUUAAAUGAACUUGUAAAAUUUGAAAAUAUAAUUUAAACUCCAAAAAAAGAUUCAAUUAAUAAAUAAGAAUAAACCCAAAUGCAAAUAGAAAGCUAAUAAAUCAGCAAUAAUUAGGAUUAUAAUAAUGAAAAUGUUGAAAAAUAAUAAAGUAAUAAUGUUUUUGAUGUUUAAACAUAAGAAAAUAUAAAAUAAAUCAAUUCAAAUCAGCAAUCACAAGAUUUAGAUUAAAUAUAAUUUUAACCAAAUGAGGAUUUAAACAUUUGUGAUAUUGAAUAAUAAUAAAAUAUAAAUAAUAUUCAAAUUUAAAGUUAAAAAUCUUUACAAACCGAAUAAAUUACUGCUAAUAAUAAAUAGAAUAAUAGUACAAUUGAUUUAGAAGAGGAAGAAGAAGACUAAUUUGAUAUUGACAUUGAUAUUGAGAGUUCUUAAAAAGAAACUCAUAAUUUAUAAUAAGUCUUAAAUUAUUAAGCAUCUUAAUAAUUAAAUCCAAAAAACAUCAUAAAUAAUGAAAUAUAGUAUAAGGAUUAAACUUUAUAAAAAUAAAAUUCAAAUGUUGAUUUGAUGUAAGAUGAUGAAGAAUUAGGAUCAAAAUAUUAAGAAUUACCAAAAAUAAUUGAAUAAAUAGAUAUAAAAAAUGAAGAUUAUCAGAUUGAAAAGACAAGUAUUUCGUAAGAGCAAAUUUCUAAUAAAAAAGAUCAAUAGUAAUCAAAAAUCUCAGAAUAAAUUAAUAUAAAAAAUAACGACAGCUAAGUAGAAAAAAUAAGUAAUCAACUUUCACCAGAACAUAUUUCUAAAAAAAUGUAAACUUAAAAUAAUUAAUUAACUAAAUCUGAAGAAAAAGAAAAGCAAAAAACUCUUUUCGACUUUAACUUUAAGAAAGACUAGUAAAUAUCUCAACAAUAGCUAUCAAAUAUAGAUUAAAAUUAAAAGUAAUCUAAUUAGAAUUCUAACUAGAAGCAAAUAAGUAUAAACCAAUCGAAAUAAACUAUAAUUAAAAAAAAAUUUAAGAUACCUUUUAAAAAGGAACCUGUGCCUAAUUCUUAGCCAUCAACUUAAAAAUAAGAUAAGUUUUUAGAAUUUACACCAUAAAAGGUUUAAAAUGAAUAAAAUUAAUCCUCAAAGGCUGAACAAAAAGAUGAAAAUGCCAAAAAAUAGCUUAAAACAACUCCAAUUAUUAUAGAAAUAAGUGAUGAUGAAGAGAUUUUCUAGUAUAACUCUAAUAAAACAAAUAAGUCAACAGAAUCAAAUAUAAAUACAAAAAAUAAAUAAAUAAAUAAUCAAUAAAAUAAAUAAACUCUAAGUGAAACAAAAACUGAUAGAUAAUCUAUAGAUUAAUGUAAAUAAUCUAUUUAAAAAUAAAAUAGUGUUCAAUCAAAUGAAUCAAUAGACAGAAAGAGUUAGAGUAAUUCAUAAACCGACUCAUAAAAAAGAAAAAGAAGGAGGUUAUUAAAAUCUGAUUUUGAAGAUAUUAUCCUUAAGUAAUUGCAUAAAGAUUAAGAUAACGAAAUUAUUUUGCAAUGCCCUUCUAUUAAUUCUUCUCAAGUAAAAUCUUAACAGCUACCUUCUUCAUAAUUAGAAUACUAAUACUGCUUUAUGAAGUAAUUUGAAUAUUCAAACAAAGAUAAAAAUUCUUAAAAUUUACAAAACUAAAAAAAUGUUAAAAAUUCAUCAAGCGAGAUAAUAAAAAUAGAAUAAAAGAGUCAAAACGAAGAUUGGGAGUGUUACUCCGACAUAUCUUUAAACGAAGAAUUUAUUGAAAUUAUUGAUGAUUGA